GAAACGACGUCGUUUUACUAUUAAAUUCCAAUAUGAGUAAAUAAUUAAAUUAUGCAUGGGCAAUUUAAAAUAAUGAAAUAAAUAUGAUAAAAAAAUAAUGAAAUAAAAUUAAAAUCCACAAUUCAUUUCAUUUCUCAAUUCUCUUCUCCAAACCUCUCUUCUGAUUCUCUGCAGAUAAACAACAGGCCGCCAUUAAAAUGGCUAUGAAGAAAAAAAACCGGCCUUCAUUCUUCGCGGUUUUGGUCCAGGACUACAUCAACAAACUCCAAGUUCCGCCUGCUUUUGUGCGAAAAUGUGGAUUUAAUUGGCCUGAAAAUGCACAAUUGAGAACCAGCUGUGGAGAAAUUUGGGAUGUGAAAAUCGAGGAAUUCAACGAGUGCAAAUACUUCACUGUGGGCUGGCGUAAGUUUGUCGAAGAUGCAGAACUCAGGAGAGAGGAAUUUUUGGUGUUCUGGUUUAAUAUUAAUUCUUCCAUAUUUGAUGUUUCCAUUUUUGGAAUUGGGGGUUUGGAGAGGGGCAUUUCUGUCCAACAAAAUAUUUCCAUUACAGAGGAUGAACUGGAUGAUGAUGAUGCCCUAGCUCCAGCUGGAAACGGUCCACGGUUCGAUUUGCUUCUCAAGAAACAUCACAUUUCAAGGCUGCAACUUCGAAAAGAUUUUGUUGUGGCAGCUGGCUUACUGAGGGAAAACGCCGUGAUUCUAGAAUAUCCUCCGUACAAGCGUCGUUGGACGGUUACACUGCACCGCUACACGAAUGUUAAAAAGUUUAGGAUCGACAUGUCGAGGGGGUGGAGUGGAUUCAGACGAGCAAAUGAUCUCGUCUGCGGGAAAACUUACUCGUUUCAGUACAUUAAGGAUAAGAACGUCGUCGAGGUUAAGCCGGUCGAGGUUAAGCCGUUCCGUUAAGUAGGAAUUAUUUACGUUGAUCAAGAAUCCGAUUAGCAUUAAUUUCGUGUUUUCGUUUCUUUUCUGUAUUUUUUUUUUGUUAUGUAUGUAUGAAUCUUUUGGUUCAAAAUCGGAAGUUUAUUAUAUAUUGUACUUGUA